ACAAAACAAAAAAUACUAGAGUGAACAUGAACUAGAUUAAAUGUAUUUUAUGUAAUUUCUAAACUGUAUGUAUAGAAAUACAUUCAGUGUAUGUAUUUAUUGUCUAGCCCUAUUUCCCUAAGUGGCUUUGCCACAUAUCAGGCCGCCAAUGUAAAUAAGAACCUGUUCUUAAUGACUUCCCUGUAAAAAUAAAGCUGUUUGGCAAUGGCAUGGACAUGGAUGAAAUCGCUGGGCAACUCACCCCCUCUCCCACCUUCUACUUUUACUGAACAAUGGAGGGACAUAACAUGGGGCCAGACCUGCAGUUUGUGAAGGAUUUUCAUCUUCUUAACGAUGAUGAACAGCUCAGAGUUCUGCUUUAUGGACCCACUGGUUCUGGCAAGUCCAGCUUCAUCAACUCUGUCGACAGUGCUUUACAAGGCAGAAUCACUUGUCGAGCUUUGCCAGAUGCAAUCUAUCAGGAGAGCUUCACCACAGAAUACAGAACUUUUAAAAUCCAAAACGGAGGACCAGGAACAUUUUACCCCUUUGUCUUCACUGACAUCAUGGGCAUUGAGCAAGGAACCAAUAAAGGAGUUGGUGUGGAAGACAUCAAACAAGCUUUGAUGGGACACAUUAGAGAUGGUUACAAUUUCAAUCCUGUCUGUAAAAUAUUGGAGGAUGAUAAAAACUACAACAAAACCCCCACUCUGUGUGACCGAGUUCAUGUUCUGGUUUGUGUAAUCACUGCCGACACAGUAAAUAUACUGAAUGCUGAAUCUGUGAGAAAGAUGAGGGAAGUCAGACUUGCAGCCAGAGACAUGGGGAUUCCCCAACUGGCUAUUCUCUAUUCUCACCAAAAUUGAUGAAGCCUGCCCAGAGGUCAAAAGAGAUAUAAGGAAUGUCUAUAAGAGCAUGUACCUGAAGCAACAGAUGGAAAAAUUAAGUGCGGGGCUGGGUAUUCCACUGUACUGCAUCUUUCCGGUGAAGAACUACCACUCAGAGAUCGCCACAAAUGAUGACACUGACACACUGAUACUGAGUGCACUGAGAUAGAUGAUUAACUUUGGAAAAGACUUUGUUGACAGCAUGUAGACCUACAUACUGCUGAGGCAAAUUUUGCUUUAGCAGCGUGAAAAGAGUCAGUCUGCAAACAGUAAUGGCAUAAAGUGGGCUUCUGGGUUUUCAUUUGCAUGCACGUAAUGCAUAUCUGCUAUAAGUUGUCAUACAUCUACCUUGCUAAAUAAAGUAUGAACAGGCUGCAUGUGCAUCAGCCUGAUGCAAUUAAAACCUACCCUCACUAUGUAUUUUGAGUUUUUGUAUCAUUAGAUAAUGUAUUGAUUCAGUUGGU